AUGUCUGCUUCACUGUUAGAAUCUCUAGCUGUUGACGGCAAACAUUUCGAAGAGACAAGGGAUGAAAAUGCGAGACAAAAGGUCUUAGCAGCAGCCAGUGCCCUUAUCCAGGAACUUGAAAAUCCUGGAGAGCAACUUGCGAGGAUCGGAUGGGGCGAGCCAACUCGAACUGCUGCUCUUCGAACUCUUUUCGAUCUGGGGAUCCUUCAGAAACUUGGAGAGGAACCUCAAGGAAGUGAACAGUUGGCAGCUGGAACAAAAGCUGACCCUGUCCUAGUCGCUCGAGCCCUCAAACACUUGGCUGCAAAUGGCAUUAUCAAAGAAGUUGGACAAGACCAAUACGUUGGAUCCCCCUUUUCCAUGUCCACUAGAGACCCAAACAUGGCCGGCGGUCUUAUCUACAGCUUCGAAGGGAUGAUCCCAACUUUCCAAGGUCUCCCUGAGUUUCUGGCCAAGACUGACUAUCAAGUCCCCAAAGAUGCCGACGACUCCCCUGUCAAGUAUGGCCUGAGGACCGAUAAGCCCUUCUUCAGUAUCCUUAAAGAGAACGCUCGUCUGGGUACAGCUUUUAAUGGUUUUAUGGCCGGCUAUGCCAAAGCGAGACCUCGCUGGAAUGAAUUUUACCCCUAUGAGGAGCGACUUGCUGGGCAGAAGUCCGAGGAUGAUAACACUCCAUGGCUUGUUGAUGUUGGUGGUGGCCUUGGUCACGAGCUGUUGGGUUUAGCUUCUGAAGAGACUGCUGCUCAGUCAGGAAAGCUGGUCUUACAAGAUCUACCCGCAGUCAUUGAAGAGGCCAAAUCAUCUGGUAACCUCCCCAAGACCAUCGAGGCCGUUCCUCACGACUUCUUCAAGCCACAACCAGCCGAGUACAAAGGCGCACAGGCCUACUUUAUGCGUUUGAUUCUUCACGACUGGCCUGAUGCCGAAUGUGCUACUAUUUUAUCCCACCUGAGAGACGCCAUGGUCAAGGACCGUUCUCGACUUCUGAUCAACGAGACUGUCUUGAGGGACGUUGGGGCCCCUUGGCAGCAGACCAGUCUUGACUGGACCAUGAUGGGUAUGUUGGUGAACCGCGAACGAACUGAGAGCCAGUGGCAUAAACUGCUCGCAGAUGCAGGUCUUAAGAUCACUGGCAUCUAUCACAAGGGACCUGAGAGUGUUAUUGAAGCUAUGUUGGCAUGA